UUGCGGAAAGAAGAGCUGCAGAGACAAAGCUCGGGAGAAACGACGAGACGGGCGUAAGGACAUCAGAAGCGGAAUAAAAGGAAGAGGUUCCCACCUCCAACGGCUACUUCAGAUCUCUCUUUGCAGCGAAGAGGUGAGAUUUCGAUCGGCAUUGCUCCUUUUUUGCGCGCGAAUUUGCGCAGACGAUGAGAGAACAGAAGAACCAGACAACAGCCAUGAAUGAAGUGGGGGAUGUAAUAAUUGAUGUCGAAUGUCUUACACAGCCACCUGAAAUAUGUUGCUCUGGAAGUCCAAAGAUGUCUAGGAAGGCUCUUUCGCGAAAAGGUUCAAUCCGCAUGGAGAGACACACAGGUGGGGAGCAAGAAGCAUAUGAUGCAUUAAAAAAUCUUGUUAAAGCUGUACCUUCUCACAUGGAGCAGUUGAAACAGCCCCCUGUGCCAUUUAAAACUCUUCAGGCUGCACAAUCUGCACCUAAUAGCCUUGCUUUCUCAGAUCUGGGAGAAGGAAGGACCAAAAGAUUAAACCGUUUAACCACCAUUCAUCCAAGGAAGAUUCUUCUAGUCUUUGCGGCCAUGUCGAGCAUUGGGACAAUGGUUCUCAUAUAUUUCACACUCGCGAUCAGGCGAAUAGAUGGAGCUUAACUCUGAUCCUGAGGUUUGCCUUUGAGAACAACAAAGUUGUAUGUGUUAAAGUUGUCAGCAACACAACACAUGGACCCAAUUAUGACUUACAGAGGGAGCUUCUAAACCUUCUACUGGUAGUGAUCAUUGAUGGAAGAAGCAUGAUGACAGAGAAAGUAACCCACUGCUCUCUGCUGUAGUAUACUGGUGUGAAGUCUUUACUGUAAAAGCUGAGUUUGGUCAUGUGGAGCAGUGAACUGAGAGUUGGAAGUCCUCAUUGGACCACCACUCAAUGCUAUUCUGAGUGUGCUUGUAUUAUUGAAUGCUGAAGGGUUCUUAUUGUA